AUACCCUUUUGAGCUGGUCUUGCAAUUUUGAUUCUACAAUGUCCACUGAAGUAUCAUCCUCUUCACCUUCACCACAAAUUGAGGCAAAUUUGCCACAGAGAGUGCAGAUGGUGUCCAAGUCUGUGUCGCAGCGACUACUUCAGAAAUUUUUUGAUGCAACUGAGUAUGACUUUGAUUAUGAGCAGAGUGGAUUGUGGUCUCCACCAGUUAAAAGAAGUGCAUUCAUGAGCUCACCUGGUGGAAUUUUAACCGAAGAAGAGAUGCUUGGAAGACUCAGAGAUGUAAUGGAAGCUCGCCGCCGCCGUGCCAGAAGAUACAGAGUUUGCUUCAAUGCAAGUUGGUGCUCUAUAAAAUGAAGCAACAGAAAGGGAGUCCCUGAUUUUCUUUUCUCUUCAUUACAUGUAGAUGUCAUUACAUAUAGAGGACAUAUGUAUACAUAUAUUUGCAAGAGCAGAAGUUGGAAGUCUUGAACUCCUGUUACCUGCAAAACUGCUCUCUGACUUCAAAUACUACUUAGUAAUUCGAAGAAAUUAUACCUCAUUUUCUAUAUAAAAUAAAGAUUCUAACUUUUCAAAAUAUGAGUUUUCUCCAGCAUUGAACUGUUCCACUAAUAUUGGAACUUAUUGUUCUGUAUGCAUAGAUAAUAUGUUGAGGAAUCCAAAGCUACCAUAUAAUUUUUGUAUGCUAGCAAUGUCAAUAUGAUAUAAGAAUAUAAAACAAUAUGAUGAGAUAUUCACAACCACCAUAUCUGCACCAAACUGCCAUGAUUAGGUCUUGCUGCAAUUUAAACCCAUGAUAUGGCUGUUAAUUAAGAAUUUAAGACCAAUUAUGAAGUCUGAAAACAGUUGAGGGAAAAAUAAAGUAGUAGUAAAUAUUCUGGCCUAUCAUGUGCUCUUUAUUAAUCAAAAGAGCAUGUGAGGGGGCAGUAAUUAUAAAGUCUGCUUGCAAAAAAGCAAAGAACAGGAGGGGAAUAACAGGCAGCCUAAAGUGGCCUAAAAAAUAAGCUUCAAAAUAUAUCAAACGAGAGCAUCGCAGAUCCAUAGGCCAUGCUGGUGCAUCUCUGCAUCUUACAGGCUUUUUAAAAUCCAAGUGUACCUUUACCUUGAAACUAGAACAUAUAAAGCAUCCACAAUGGGUGCUCUUUAGUGCUUGAAAUCAUACUUUUUUGAUAAAUUUAGUGCUAUAUGUCUAUAAUGGGCACAUUUUGACACUUCAAAACAUAUAAAAAAUUUGUAGCUACUCCAUAUUUGGAGUGCUUCUUUGUUCAUGAAUAGUGAAGAGAGAUGAUGAAAAGGAAGAGAGAGGUGAUGGAAAGUAAGAAAGAGAUGAUGAAAAAGAAAAGAGAGAAGAGGGAGAAAGGGAGUAUGGAGUGUUGACUCAAGCGUAUCCAUUGUGAGUGUAUUAGAAUGUAACACUUGUUAAAUUGAUAGUUACACAAGAAUUGAUGUGUGUGGAGUGUGUGGAUGCUCUCAGAGAAGGUGAGAGAAGAAUUGGGCCCUGUUUCUUAUUAAAUAAGAGAUGCCAGAGAGUGACCAAACUGCAAUGCAACCUAUUUAAUAUUUUUCUUCAAUUUUUUUUAAUUUUAUUCUUCAGGUUUUAUCUGAAGUUACUGAGGUUAAAAUGGAAUAAAUUUAUUAAAAGAAAUCAACUAGAGCAAAGAAUCAUUGAAAGAUACUGGAAAGUAACUGUAAAAGUAAGCUUGACAGGAAAAGAACAAAGAAAAGGAACCAUGUGCCGUAUAAGACACC